AUGCCUAACUUUGCUGAUAGUUUCUGGUCUGAAGACUUGGUGUCAGGUAUACAAGUCCUGUUUGAAAAGUUAUAUGACGGCUGUGAAGAAUGUGAUAUGUUUAUUCAAUUGUUUGCGUCAAGGAUGCAGUUUGAAGUGAACUAUGGUCGUCAGCUUGGUGGAGUUAGUACUGGAAUUGAUCAUUUAGAUAAAGUCAAGAAUGAUCCGGAAGUCACUACGGCUAAUGCACUACUCAGUAUGACAGCACAAAUGGUACAAGAGGGGAAACAUCACUUGUCAGUUGCUUCAAAUAUUGAAGCAUUCAUUUUGCAACCAUUCAGUCAAUGGUGUGAUGACCAUAGGAAGCGAGUAGAGUACUCCGAAAAGUCGCUUAAAAGUAAUGUAGGGAACUAUCAAAAGUCAAGAAAGUAUGUUUCUAAGUUGGAACGUGAAUAUUUCAAUAAGUGUAGACAAUUGGAAGAUUUCAAGAGAUCGAACUUCAACGAGGACGAGCUUGUGAAUGCUACUGCUUCAUUGAAACUACAGGAAAAAUAUGAAGAUGAUGUGGCUAGAGAAAAGGAUUUCCAGCAUUUCGCAACAGUUGCCGGGAUUGAAUUCGACUUCAAGAGUAUGAGGGAAGCAUUGCAACUAUUGCUGAAGGAGUUACCAAAAUCUGAGUAUAGAGUUCCACUGAUCAACUAUACUUUACAGAACACAAAUAGUGGCGGUGAAAUAACAAAAUUUGUGAUGGAACAUAUGUCUUUGAAAGAUAUUGAUCAAGCCGAAACGUUCGGACAGGACUUGUUGAACCUAGGCUUUUUGAAGUACUGCAACGGUGUUGGGAACACGUUUGUUAACUCGAAGAAAUUUCAAUAUCAGUGGAAAGGUUAUGCCUAUAAAUUUGCAAACUUGCCUCAGCCUUUUGCUGAAUCAGAAAUUAAUAUUCCCCAAAUGGAUCCUAAGCUGUCAAAUUAUUUGCAGGACUUUACUUCCAAGAUGUCUCCGGGAUCCCCAAUUCCAUCAACUCCGGCAGCCUCGUCAGUCACAGUUCCAUCAUUAUCAGAUUCUGAGAAGGAGCUUUUUAGACUGAGGAAAGAAGCGGAGCUUGCGGAUAGCAAGUAUCGUCAAGAAUGUUUCAAGAUGGAUUCCUUGAGAUGUUCAAUUGAAGAGCUUAUGGUAGAUCACCUGUCCUUCAUGGAAAAAUGUGAAUUAGAUAGAUUGAAGGCUGUCAAAAAAGUCACAUUUGACUUCUGUGGGGCUAUAGGCAAUAAAAUCUCAAGCUUGAAGAUAAGCGUUGAUACCAUGCUAGAAAAUAAUGACCGGAUGGAUCCAACGGGCGAUUUGUUAAAUCUACUAUCCCAAUGCCGCACAGGUGUUUUCCAACCUCGAGCCAUCACCUAUAAUAAUUACUACAAUCCUGGCGCCUUCCAGAAUUUUGGGAUUGAUCUUGAGUCAAGAUGCAGGCUUGAUAAAAAGGUCGUCCCAUUGAUAGCCAGUGUAAUUCUGUCUUAUAUGGAUCAAGUCUACCCUGAGUUGCCCAGUGAUAAAGUGAGGACAGCUGUAUGGACAGCGCCCGUCAAGCUUAAUCUCACUCAUCAAUUGAGACAUUUACUCAACCAGAGACAGUUACAUGAUGAUACUGAAGUGUUAGAAGUGAUUGAGGAUUACAACGGUGAGCCAAGUACGGUCGCAAGUGUUCUCAAAAUUUAUCUCCUAGAGUUGCCCGAGAGGUUGAUUACAAAGGACAUCUAUGAUGUCCUGAAAGUGCUAUACGCCGAAUAUUCAUUGCCAGCAACAACGGAUGAAGAGGAGCCCACCUCCGAGGAAGUAAAAGGCCAAGAGGCUGACAAGAAACUAGAAAUCGACAAUAAUAGGAUCACUGGUUUAGCCACAACAUUAGCCACGCUUCCAAAACCCCAUAUCGCAACUCUGGAUGCGAUAAUAACCCACUUUUAUAGGUUGAUUAAAAUUUUGAAGAUGGGUGAAAGUGGAGCCCUAGCGGCGGCUGAAUUCACUUCUGCAAUUUCGCAAGAAUUUGCAAACUGCAUCAUCGAGGUUCGCAUGCCUGAUGGAAACGAUCUAGGCUAUAAAAUCUUCUACGAUUUGCUCACACAUAGGAAACAAAUCUUUGGAGAGCUAAAGAGACAAGGCACCAAGAAGAAAGACAAUCCAUGA